GAUAAAAAGAGAGUUAUAAAUGAGAAAACCCAACAAUGAAAAAAAGGGGGAUAACGGGGUUUUGCGAAAGCAAAAACCACGGUAAGAAACACAGCAGGAAUGUUAGCGAUAGCAGCUAAAGCUGUAUAUUGUACAGUAUACAUAAAUGUAUGGGUUGUUGGUAUAAAACAAAAACAACAACAACGUAAGGCGGCAUAAACAACAACAAUGCUGCUGCUGCCAAGUACAAGCGAAUGUUUGCAUGUGCGUGAGUUUGUGCUUGUGGCGAAAUGGCAAGAGAAGGGCGAAUCCUGUGACUAUGCUUAAUGUUAUAUUCGUCGUUGUUGUUGUUGCUGUUAUUUUCUAUGUAUGGCGACUGAGACAACUACGACGAUAAUAACAGCAACAACAAGAGAAACAACGAAAGCCAUGAUGAGGAGGAUACGAAAUGGGUGGCAAAUAAACUUUCGCAUACUGACAGCAACUUUCAAACCAACCAUAAAUAAAAAACUUUUUCAUUCCGACGACUGCGAAAACGGCGAAUGACACGAAAUACCGAAAGAAAAAAUUCACGGUGACUCUAAAAUGAAUCGAUAAUCCUCUAAUAACAACCAAAAAAUACAAAUUUGUAUACGAUAUAUAUUUUUUUUAAACUCAAAAAUAAAAAUAUUACUUAUAAUAAAUUAAGAGCUGAGAACACUUAAUAAAGAGCUACGAAAUGUCCAAGUCGAACGCCGAUUUUAGUGCGUUCGACUUUAAUGACAGCUCGGAUAAUUCAGAUGUGGAAACACGAGGUCCAUUUCUCAGUCGUGUUGCACUCGGCAACAGUAGUAAAAGUUUAGCGGUCAAUAGUAAUAAUAUCAACAAUGCCAACAACAAUAACAACCUUAGCUCAGGACAUCAUAAUACGAAUCAACAGCAGCAACAACAACAACAACUCAAUAAUUCAAGUCAUUUAUCCAGUAGUGCUUCCAAUAGUAGUGCAUCAAGUAGUGAAGAUGAAGGAGAAACCAAUGAUGAUAAUAUUGUUACCACAACAGCAGAACAACAGCAACGCCAACAUCAACAACAGCAACAACAAAUCUUACUACAGCAACAAAGGCAAAGACAACAACAGCUACAUGAAGCCAUUAAUGGUACCAGCAUUAACGAACAUCUCCACGACGACGAUAACAACAGCAACAGUAGCACAAGUAGCAGCAACAGUAGUAGCAGCACUGCACCUAGAGGCUCUACUGCAAGAGGAGGCAUUGGAGUUGGAGGGGUGGGUAAUGUUAGCAAUAGUAGCUGCAUUAAUAAUACGCAACAACAUCAACAAAAUGCCAGUGGCAGUAAUGCUCAACAGUCUCAUAAUUCAGAUGUCUUGUUAAUGGCCGCCAUGGGUGCUAGCAGUGGUCCAACAGCAACAACAACUACUAUAGCAGCAAAUGGCUUAACAGAUGAUAGUAUAGUUGCCACAUCAGUGGGUAGCAACAAUAAUAUGGAUGGCAUGGAUGCCAGAGAUGGAGGCAAUGCUGGUGAUGGCGAAGGUUUAGCCUCCGGUCUUACUGAAUCGAAUACCACAAACCAUAAUAAUACCAACAGUAGCAACAACAACAUCAACAAUAAUAGCAGUUGUAAUGUUAACAGUUUGCUCGACUCUGCUCUAGCAAGUGGCGGCGGCAUUAAUAGUCACAUUCAAAACAAUGGACAUUCGAAUGCAAGCAGUCACUGCAAUGAACUAGUACGCAGCAGUAGUAGUGCCAGCUUAAGCAAUGCCAGCCUCAAUCAUCAUACGAGUAUGGGUGGUGGUGGUGGAGGAGGCAGUGGUAGCAUUGUAGGCGGUAGAUCCAAUGAUGGUGGUGGCGGAGGAGGUAACGGUGGCGGAGGUGGUGGUAGUCUUUGUGGUGUACCCUCCUCGGCCUCAAGCUAUGCACUCUCUGCUGCGGAACGUAAGAAAUAUCGUCAUCAGAAUUUCAGUAAAAACAUUUAUAUUGGUACGAAAAAUGCUGAAAAAUGGGAGUAUAUGCGAACACGAUUACAUUUUAAAAACGAUGUCGAAUUUGUGGCAUAUCUACUGAAUUUAGCUGAUAAUGAUGGCGACCGUUUGGCAAAGUAAGUACAGAAUUAAAUACACAUAUAUACAUAUGUAGUAAUUAAGAUUUUUGCUUGCACUUGUUUGCAGAGAUUUUGUUAGGGUUUGUGAAGUUUUUAUUAAUUGAUUAUGAGAAGAAAUGUGAAGUUAAGAAAUCAAACAACACUAUUUAAUUGUUUAGCUUACAAAUUAUACGUUUGUACGAACUUAAAGCUGGUGGUUCACACCAUGAGGACAUGUCAGCUGAUUUUGAUAAUUUAUAUUAUUUUGUUAAUGUACAUUUAUCAAUUUUUAUUAAUUCUUCCUUCUAAGUUUUUGAUUAAAAAGAAGGUCCUAAAGUCAUAUUUUUAGUGCCUGUUGAAACCAAAAGAAUAUUUUACUUUAUACUUCCAAUUUUAAUCCACAAAACGUUCACUCUCUGUGCAGAGACCGAAACUGAGAAGCCGUCAAUAUAUGAGUCAAUUGGAUCUUGAAGAUAAAAUAUCAGAAUUUUUCAGUUACUCAUUUCGAGGGCCCACAACAUU